AUGGUUUAUUCAAGGACCGUGGAUCAAGUGGGAGCCGAUACUGUAAGAUUUGACUCAACAGGACACGAAAAAUCGAAUUUUACCGUUGUCCUCUCUGUGACGGCCGCUGGAGAGAAAUUAAGACCGAUGAUCAUAUUCAAGAAAAAGAGGAUUCCCAAGGAUAAUUUCCCUCCUGAAGUGGUAGUUAGAGCCAAUGAUAAAGGCUGGAUGAAUCACGAACUGAUGAGGACAUGGCUCCAUGAGGUGUGGAACAAACGGAAAUGCUAUGUCAACGAUCCCUCGCAGUCAUUACUCAUAUUAGAUUCUGCAAGGUGCCAUCUCACAGAAGACGUCCGAGAGCUUUUCAAGGAGCACUCAAAGAUCGCGGUCAUUCCAGGCGGAAUGACCAAAUAUCUACAGCCUCUCGACGUCGGCAUCAACAAGCCCUUCAAAGACAAUCUGAGGGCGGGAUGGGAGCGAUGGAUGGCCGAUUCAGCACGAGCAAGGUACACAACAGGCGGCGCCAGGAAAAGGAUGACCUACGGAGAGGCCGCAAAAGCGAAAGAUUGUGCGUCGAUCAAAGACUGGGUUGAAGACAUUGAAACCCAUCUAUACUAUUCUAUAGCGGAAGGAGCAGCAUCCCACAUUGGCGAGCUCAUUCGUCAUGUUUUCAAUACGUGUCUGCACCAUGUCGCCAACGAUGACAUUACUGGGACCCUCACAAGCUGCCUUCAUGAUCCGGAGAUAGCGGAUGAAGAGAGAGAGAAGCCGACGCUUGACGUCGGAAGUGUGGCUCACACGAAGUUGAAGCAAAUAGUUUUGCAGCCAGCGUUUCAGGAAGCUCUCGCACAGGCUAGUCCUUACAGUGGGACUAGUCUGUGCAAGAGCAAAAACUCACUGGACCGUUUGUACUGUCGAAAAGAAUUGUUUCUGCAAUUUCCCACCUACCCCCUAUAUAUAAAGAUGUCAACUAUGCAUAUGAAUGCUCUACGGGAGGCGGAGAUGAGCGGAGAACGCUUAGUACGGCGUGUCGAAAUUGUCCAUCGGAAGUUUACUAGAAGGGCGAGAGUUCAACCUCAGAAAACGCCAGUCUCACAACUAUGGAGGAAAGAGAUUUACAUGGAUUUUCUGACGAGGCGCUUUCCGCUUGAGCAGUGUCAGGAAGAAGAAAUGGAUGUAACAUGA